AUGAGCGCGUCCGGUCAGGAAUGGAUCACAGAGACGAUGCUCUGCCUGCAGGAGGAACUAGUCCCCUUCACCAAUGGCUCACAGUCGCCGAGCUGCAGUGAGCUGAAGCAAUAUGCCCUUGGCACACAUGCCGGAUGCUACGUGAAGAGUGGUGUCUGCACUCUGCCGAUUGAGGAUUGGGGGAAGAUCCUUGAAAUUGUCGCUCCGGCUUUGAUUUCUGAACCGGAGAACUUCAAGGCAGCGUUUGCCACUGCUGAAGACUGCGUGCUGGCUCUAUAUCUGGUUGUUAGGCAAGCUUAUUCACAGCCCUAA